GAAACGGAAAUAGAAAUAUAGCGAAAAUAGCUACAGUCCUUGAUGUGGCGGCUAAAUUUGCCGCGUUUCCUGCUAUUUGCCCAGAUUCUUGGAUAAUUUUAAAAUUUCAUGAGCUAUUAACCUUACGGCUAGCCCCUCGGUACACUCGCUGAGAAUUCAACAGUUGCAUAAUUUGGAAACCGCGUGAAAUCGUAGAGUUCUUCGUUAUCGUUGACCCACGCCGUUUAAGUCUUUUACGGAAUGGAAUUGACUCCAAAGCUGCAAAAUGUACGUCUGCCAAGCUCUAUAUCAAAGCAAUCAAUUCCAGCCGAUUUUGAAAAUGAUGUUUUAAGUUGCAGUUACUCUCAACAUGGCAGUUUUUGCUGGAGAGUCUAUCCUAACAAAGUUGUCAUUCUAUCAGCGUCAAACUUACACGUAAUAAGUGAAUUUAUUAUUCACUCCUGUAAAAUAAGCCAAGUUUGUGAAUUGGAAGACAAGUUAUUAAUAAGUACUGUAACUUCUGAGACAUCCCAUAUAUAUAUAUACGAUUAUAAGACUGGAGAUAUUUCAUGUAUGCUGCACAUAAGAUUGGACGUUAACAGCGAUAUAAUUUCUUCUGCUAAAUUUUUUCAAAAUGUUGUGGCCCUAGGAACAGAGUGUGGAAAGUUGUUUCUACUUGAUGUACACACAAGCAUAUGGAGAUUAAGUAGGAAAAGGAAAGAGGAUUUUAUCACUAUAAAUGUUGCUUUUCCGGAUGACCAAAUCAAUGAGAAAAGAGAUCGUCGUUCUCCCUUAUGUUUUCCAUUGAAAGUUGAAAGUAAGGAAGAAAAAAGAUCCCCGAACUCGUUGCAGUAUUGUUCUCCAUCAGGCGAAGUUUUAGCUGAACUUGACAACUGGGAUUAUCGAGAUGUCACAUGUCUCCACUUUAUUCCCGAGUCUAAAUCUCUAUGGGUUGGAUAUAUUUUCGGUUGUUAUCAAGUAUGGAAUUUAACUGAUGCCAACUUAGAAUAUAGCAGCAAAUAUGAUACUGAUAUACCAUCAAUCACACAUAUUUUUCAUUUGAUUCCUGAGGAUGAUCCACUCAGUUGCUUAUACACAGUUGUUGGCUAUAGCUCCUUUCACCUUGAAAAUCCUGUAUCGAGUUCAAUUGAAAUUGUUCAGUGCAGUUAUCAAGAAAGUCGAAUUAUUAACGGUCGAAUGAACUUUUUUGAGCUUGUCAGUAUUACUAAACGCUUCGAGCACUCUCUAACUUCGAAUCCUUACGCUUACGAAGAUAAAAAUGCUGGUAAAGAAUGGUACGGAUCACGCAUAAUAGAUUGUAGAAGAUUGCCAGAUCAAAAUCCUAAAUCUCCUAUAACAAAGUUGGGCUAUUGGUUAUGGGAAGCUGCUAUAUCUUCUUCUGGAGAGAGCAAGACUUUCUUGGCAAUAUUCGACUUGAACGUCUGGUAUCAAGAGAUGUUUCAAACCGAAUUGUUGGAAACAUCUGGAUUUCUGGUAUUAUACGAUUUGUCGAUAAAUGUACCUUGCAGCAGUAUUUUAUCGACUCGUCUUCAGGAUAUAUCUUAUUUUGAAAGUAGAGAAGCAAUUAAACCUAAUCAGCAUCUUUGGCCAGCUUCUCUCUCUUUAAAUGUCGCUCUAACUCUACAAAAUUGUGAAAUUAAGAAUGUAAUACGUGGAAUUCAGUGCGAAAUCUUUGCAAUGUUCUAUGAAAAGACAACUAGCUGGUUCUUAGAUCCUAAUCAGGUCCUCGUAGCUUGCCAGGAGGCUUUUUUAUUGCCUUCGACAGUAUUUCAAUUAGAUAUAAGUCAACAACGAGAGGAACUUUUCAAACUUCUUUUCAAAUAUAACGAAUUUGAAACUAUAUAUACAUGUAUUGCGUCUUGGCUCAGGGGAGAAAAUCUCUUUAGUGUAGCCAUUUUGGAGGAUAUAUUUGUUUGGUUGUGGAAUAUAACGAAACAGCUAAAAUUAAACUUGAAUGAAGUGAUGCGACGCUUUUAUUGUCUUAACGAAAAAGUAUCUUCAGUUGAAAUUCUUAAAGAAUUAUGGAGGAGCUUUAAAAUGAUAAAACAACUAUACAGCUACUGCUUUAGUUCAAUAUAUCUUCCGAAAAUUGAAGGAGAUAAGGGUUUAGUUAGAAAUCAAUCUGAAACUGUAGAUUUAAUUGUUAUUUAUUUGGGAGUCAUUAUAACAUUUGCUAAAAUGGACAUGCUGGAUUCAGAAAGUGAUGAGUUUGAAAAAAUAUCAUACUCUUACGAGGAAAUAAAAAGUGACUAUGACACUUUAAGAGAUGACAAUGUUCUGCUCAUUGAUGAAGUACUUGAAAAAUACGAAGACUUGAAAGAUUUCUUCUGUGGAGAAAACUUUAAAUAUCCUCCCUGUUCAUUGACUGUAAGAGAAACACUUAGAAUUGAAAAAACUUUUGGAUGUAUCUUAUGCGAAACUAUGUCUCCCGUUGUCAAGUAUCAAUGCCUAAUCUACUUCUUAUUCAGCGUUAUGGAAUAUAAUGAGAAUCUUACUGAUUUAUAUCAAAAUUGUAUGGUUGAUAUGUCCAAGUAUUUCCAUUGUUACGAAAUACAUACGACUCUAAUGGAAUUUGUUAAGGCUAUAAGUUUAUUAGAUAGAAAGCUAUAUGAGUCGGCUUAUGAACAUCUAAUGUGCUCUUUAUCUGAAGGAACAAUACAAAAUAGUUUAUGGUCUCACGUCAAGAUAUCUAAAAUAUUAUGCGAUAAUUUAUGUCCAAGAAAAGCUCUGUACUAUUUUGAAAGAUGUUUAAGUGGAACUCCAGACAGUGAAUGCGAUUUUAAUAUGUUGAAAAUUUAUUUAAGUCUUUGUAUCAGAGCUGGGGAUAUGAGGAAAACGUUAACGCUAAUAAGAACAAAUAGGGAAAGGCAUCACAAGGAAGUUAACUCAGCCGUGUUCGAUCACGUUCUCACAGAAUGCGAAGAAUAUAAACAAUUGGGAAGUUUCUUCUCAUCCGAUUUAGGAACAAGUGAAGAGGAAGAGAUAGAAAAGUCACUACAAUUUCGCCGAUCAUUGAAGGAAUUUUCGAAAGACUGCUUAGUUAUAUUUUAUUUACUACGGAAUCGUGUUGUUGAGGCUAUUCGCUUGAAUCAAGUUUUGAAUUCCAAUAGCACAGAGAAUGAAGACGAAGAAUCGAGGAAGCGCAAAUCAAUUAGAAAUGAAAUUAUGAGUAAAAUAGAAAAAGAAAUGCCAAUUUAUUUCAAAGAUUCCAUUCACAUAGCCUACGAUGACUGCUUGCCAUCGGCUAAAGAACGUAAGAAGCCGACUCCCUUGUCUACAACUUUGUUAAAGCCCGAAGUUAACUGGUCUGUUGACGAAAUAAAUGCAUUAUUUAUUAAGAAGGCUAUUGAAUUAAAUGUUCGCUCUGAUAAAACGGUGGUUGUUGAUACUGAGAGAAAAUUUCUAAAAUGCCCUGUCCUAUGCGAUACCAUAAUAUUGGAUAUCAAACCACGUAACCGUUUUCCUGAUGAUAUUCGUAACAUCUUGGAGACAAAUUAUACUAUGAAUGAGGGAACACCAGUUAAAGUUGUGAAAAAGAUGUUACCCAAAUUGUCAUCCAUACUAAAAGUGAAAAAAUCGUAUACCUAUCCUGGUGAUUCUUCAAUAACCUUCCCUGAGAGAGAUGACAGCGACUUUAUAAAAAAGAAAAUAACCUUCUCUCCCUCUGCCGUCCCCUCCACUACUCAAAGCUUCGACAAUAGUGAGAAAUCUGAUACAACUAAAGAUGAUAGCAAGUACGAGGAUGCUGAAGAAGAAUAUUUUUGCAAUGUAGACGACGAUGAAAAUGAUAGUCUGGAAAAUAACGAAAUAAUUACGGUCGAAGACCCCAUGGAAACAGAUAAAGAAUUUUUGCUCAAGGAAUCUAAACGAGAGACAAAAAUAAUUUCCUUUGAACCUAUUGCCUCUGUUGAGGAUGAUGAGGAAAAUACGGCAGACACAGAGAGUCAAUCUAAAGAGGACGACGAUGUGAAAACAAGUGAUAUAGAAGAUAAUAUGACAGAAUUAAAGUCUGCGGAAAUAGAUGUAGAAAGUGAUGGUGAUGGGGCUUGGCUCCACAUUGAUAGUGAACCGUCAAUUAUAGAAGUAAAUACAGAAGCUGAUCUGGAUGUAGUUGACUCGAAAAAUACAAUUGAAGACAUAAAGAACGAUAAUCUUGAGGAGCAGAAAUUUUUCAUGCCUGGUGAACCAGAAACUUCCACUGCCGCAUGUGCGGAUUCUCAUAUUCGAGACUACUGUAAACACGAAGCAAGCGAUUCCAAAGAUGAUAUUUCGCCAUAUGGACAUGUCAAGGGUAGAAGGACAUAUAGGGAGCAGAUAUCGAAUUCUACAACUGACGCAUACUCUGUUCUUUGUAAUGCUAGCGGUACAACCUUACAAAAUAACAUGCCUUCAGAGGUCAAAGAGAGUGUUGUAGAAGAGAGUGAAAAAAUGCAGCCUUUCAAUUUACAUGAUGUAGUUUUAUCGAAUAUGAGAAAUAUUGAAAAUGGUAGUCAUAUUGCUAUGGACGGAAGUACUAUGGUGUCUUACAGUGCCAUGGAAGACGUUGGUGAUAUAUCCGAACAAGACGACGUUUUAACAACAUCUUCCCGUGAACAAAGUGCUGAUGAAGUGAUCGAAGUUGAAGAUGACGUUUCUCCUGAAGAUUCUGUAUCAAAUGAGGGAGGAACGAGGCGUAUUCCUGUUUUUGAACAGAAUUUGGGAGAGGCUCGUUAUAGAAAUGAUGAUUUGAUUCGACAAAUUGUUGAAGGUGCAGAGAGCUCCUCUGAAUCGUCGGCCCCUUCUGUUUCUCCAGCAAUAAAUGACCUUAUGGAAGGUGUGGAAACGGUUUCAGUAUUCAGACAACAAAAUAAUGUAACAGUAACAGAAUAUGAUGUUCCAGUAGAAAAUUAUCACGAUCCUAAAGAUGAUGAGUCUGUUAAAGACUUAAGAUCCAAAAACGACCAAGAAAGACAGGAUGGAAAUUCUGCCAGUAAUUUAGUUUUUACAUAUUCCGAUGAUAACGAUGCAGCUGAUACUCCAUCGCAUAUUGAAACUGAAUCUACACUAGGCAGGAAUCAAGAGGAACCAAGCGAAACGGAAGAAAGUAGUUUGCAUAGUACAAGUGAUCAGAGAGAAAUAGAAUCAUUGGAAAGGGAAGAUAGAGAGCAAGAAAAUGAAGAUGAAAGUGAUAUCGAUGAUGAGAGUAAUGACAGUAAUAGCAAUAAAGAUGAAGUAAUCGAUUGCAAUGACAAUGCAGAAAAUUCCAGUGAAGAUCUACCUAAAAUAGACGAGGAAGACUACGAAGAAAUUGAAAAUACUGUUGUUGUUAUUAACAGAGCGCCGUCUCUUACACUUGAAGAAGUUGAUGCUGAAAUUGAAAAGGCUGACAGUACUCUUAGCAUAGCUGGUUCAUCAAGAUUACCUGAGAUAGAAACGCCUAUUGCUAGCGAAGUCAAAGCAGAUAGCGAUGACUCAGUAUUCGAUGAAAAGCCAGAACCACCUAUAGACGACAUGUACGAUUGCUUGUCAACUUGUUCCUCUGUGACAAGUUCAAAAAGUGGUAGAAGAAAGCGAAAGAGAAUAUUCGAGAAGAGUGACCGCGUUACAAGGAGCAGCUCUCGAAGAGUAUCUCCUCCAAGUGGAAGCACUCAACCUACAAAGAAAAUUAUAAUGCAAAAGUUUAUGGAAGAAAAUAGAAUAUGCGAAGAAGAGGCGGUAUCGGCGGAAGAGAUCGAUGAAGCAACCAGAGAAAAAUUGAAAAAAGAGGCUGAAGAUAUAGAAGAAGGGGCCAGUGGAGUGUCCAAUCCGGGAUCCACAAGAAGAUUAAGAUCAACAUCCAGUGCCACAACUCCAAUAAAAUCUUCAACACCAAAGAAACAGUCGAGAGCGUCUCCAGCAAAAAGUCUAACCAUAAUGACUCGUAGUAGAACUAGGCAAUUAGAGAGUCUGGCAGAGGAUACAAUUUUUGAAAAUUCCGAAUGGUUAGUACCGUUCGAUAGACAAUCAACUCAAUCAUAUAGGCAGAGGAGGAGCGAGAGCGUAGAUUUGGAUAGGAUAUCAGUGAGUUCAGAGCCCCGGUCCAGACGUCUUUCCGAGUCAGCUUUAUCUGAUCACAGCUCAGAUCGUCCAAAAAGAGGUCGUGGUCGACCAAGAAAAACAUCAACAACACAAGAGUCAAAUCCACUACCAGGUUGUUCAAGAACCUCAGAUAACAGAAGACGGGGUGGAAGUGAAGAGCCUGCAAGUUCUCCGUCUCGAAAUCGAAGAAGACAAAAAAGAGAGUCGCUAACGCCGGAUAUACUCUCAUCCUCUGAAACGGAAAUAAGAACAGAUAGGAAUUUAAGAGGUGGAAGCGUUGAUUCCGAAAGACCAGUAACCAGAUACUCCCUUCGACGUAUUUCGAGGUAUACAUUUGACCCCUAA